AUGUCCAAAGGCAUUCCAUCGCGCGGACUAUUUGGCUCAACACAUGGCACGACAGUGAGUAGCCUGAAACUAUUAUCUGCCUCGAUUAAAACUGACUAUGGAUCGUACUCCAGUGAGCCUGAGCCUAAAAUCAAGAGAUCACAGUCCGUGAGGAGCAACUCAACUUCAUCUAUCGCCAGCACACAUCCCUCGCAAGUCUACUCUGCUGAAUCGCAAGCUUUGACUGGCUAUCAGUCACCAGUUGCAAGUGUGAACCCAGGAACACCAAACGCUGGAGAUCAGUUGAUGAAUAUGUGCUCUCAUUGUAUAAACUGUCAACCACGUUUGCAUGGUACUCACAAUAAUGGGAAUCAGCUUUACAGCUACUCACCGGGGUCGGGUUUGGGUCUGUUCAGCUCCCAGUCCUCACAAUCCGGACCACCUCCUGGAUUCGAGGCUAUUGAUCAGUACUUGCGAAGUGUUCUCCGUCCUGAGGCCUUUCAACCACUUUCCAACCCACAGGAGCAAAUGAAUUCUUCCUUCUGGCCUCCCAACAUUGACCCCAAUCUCUCUCAAAUGAACACUUCGAAUUUCCAACACCCCACUUCCUACACUUGGACAUCAGGGACGGAGAGCUUGCCUUGCCAUAUUCAACCCUCACACCAAUUACCACAAAGUCGAGCAAGCCAGGAACGCAACACAUAA